CAUCAAACUAACAACCAUGGCGCACCAGGAUGCCGGUGUCGGCGGCAAAGAUCACCGCGAGCUGCAGGCGCAGCACACCACCGACACCGAGGAGCUGCUGGCAGCCCACCGCGAGCUUUGGAGCCAUGCCCUGGGCUACGUCAAGUCCAUGGCGCUCAAAUGCGCAUUGGACCUUGGCAUCCCCGAUACCAUCCAACGCUACGGCGGAGGCGCCACCGUAGGCGAACUCGCCGCCGCCAGCAACCUCCCCGCAUCCAGCCUCCCCUUCCUGCGUCGACUCAUGCGGACGCUGACAGCCAUGCGCAUCUUCGCGGUCCACCGUGAUGACGAUCCCAGCGACGACCCUGCUGAUGAUGCAGCCGCCGUUGUCUCGUACCAGCUCACGGCGACCUCCCGCCUGCUCGUCAACGGUGGCUCCUAUUUCAGCAUACGCCCAAACAUUUCCGCCCUUGUCCAUCAGGGUGCCGUCUCCCCCAUGUUCAGCAUGAGCGAGUGGAUGAAGCAGCACCACCACCACGCGCCCGACAUGACUCUCCACGAGAUGGUGCACGGCGAACCGUGUGGGAGUCUUUCCGAGCCAACCCCGCGAUCAGAGCCUGGUUCUACGACGCCAUGGACGCCGAUGCCCGCCUCGUCAUGCACGUCGUGCUCAGCGAGUGCCCUGCCGUCUUCCACGGCCUCGCUUCGCUCGUCGACGUCGGCGGCGGCCAUGGCACAGCCGCGGCUGCCAUCGCCAGGGCCUUCCCACACAUCAAGUGUACCGUCAUGGACCUCCCUCACGUUGUCGCUGAGGCUCCCGCGGGCACUGGACUGUGCUUCCUCGCCGGCGAUAUGUUCGACCACAUCCCACCGGCUGACGGUAUUCUGCUCAAGUGGAUUCUGCAUGAUUGGGAUGAUGCGAAGUGCAUUAAGAUAAUGGAACGGUGCAAGGAAGCAAUCGGUGGCAAAGAAAGGGGAGGGAAAGUCAUUAUAAUCGACACCGUGAUUGGAUCUAGGCCAAAUGAGGAAGAUAUGAUACGCAGGGAGGCUCAAGUCCUGUGUGAUCUAGGUAUGAUGACAACGUCGAACGGAGCUGAGCGAGAGGAGCACGAGUGGAGAAGGAUCUUCCUAGCAGCUGGAUUUCGUGACUACAAAAUCACAGACACACGAGGUAUCCCGUCAAUCAUCGAGGUCUAUCCAUAGUGAGAAUUGAGAGAGAGAGAGAGAGAGAGAGCAUCUUAUCCUAUCCUUUAUACGUAUAAAUCCUUAUUAAUUGCAAAAAAGCUCAAUUCUCAGCCUUCCAUACCAUCUCAAGUGGCAUUAGUACUAGCAGCUAGCCAUCAGAUUAUGUUGUAUCAGCAUCAUCAUCAAGCCAUUCAUUGUCGAUCCUCUAUCUGAUAUGCGUCGAUGUCUGCACUGUUGGAAUACGGUCUGAAUUCUGACAUGAGUUUUAUAAAGAUUUGUUUCAUGGACUGCAGUCCGUUC